AUGCAUUAUUGGCGUCGCGUUUUUUUUUUACUAAAUUUUGAAAAAUUCAGGUUAAAGGGAGAAUAUAUCACUGUAAACGGAUUUGAUUCUCUUCACGUGACUGGAGAUCAAUUCCAUACUAAGAUGCUUCCAAUGUAUUUUGAACCGAGGAUGACUAUAAUAGAAGUUAACAGUGGAAAGUGCACGUUUACUUUUCAUUAUUGGGUGUAUAUCAACAUCAAAGCCUAUAAUCACAUCGGGGUGGUUCACUGGUUUAUUUGUACCAAAAUAAUGAGUGGGAACAACUUAAGUUCUGCUAACCAUCUGGAUAGCGAGAAACUAACAGAAUUAUUGAGGAAGAAGUAUCCUUUUUUGGUGAUGUAUGAUGGGAAGAACGAUGUAAUAGAUCUUGGAAAGUUUUAUUUAGGAUUUGCACAUUUUAUGUCGCGAGAAAUUACUUUUGCGGAGCAAAUCAGCAGCGAAUUUAUAUUCGCCUUCAUGCGAAUAGACUCAGAAAGAAGACGUCUUGAGCAUGAUGACGAAUUGUUUUCCAAGGCAUCCGAUGAUCUUUUGGCUACAAGAAGAAAUAUAAACAGAUGGGCUAAAGAGUUAGAAGUGCAAAUACUUCCUAUUGUACUCUCUGCAUACCAAAUUCUUGCAGGUGAUUUAACUGAGGGAGUAGAGAAGAUAAAGGAAGCACUUAGGGAUGAAACUUUGGAUGGAUUAGCCAUAAGACUCAAUAUCCUUUCAGCGUAUGCUAUCGAUAUUAUUAACGAAGUGAUAACUAUUUAUCCGGAAAUGUACAACCUGUCGGUAUCUAAUAAGAGAAGUCUUGGGGAUUACUCUCUACACCUCACAUUAGCAAGUCUUCUUUUGCAGUCUCUUCAUCUAUUUGCCGACCUUUGUGAACGCCAUCCGAAUUUAUACCAACGAUCGUUGCAACCUUUCACUUAUGAACAAUUCCAGAUAGAAUUGCAGGAAAAGUCGGAAGCAGUUACCAAGAUCAACGAGGAAUACGAGGAACUUAUUAAAAGCAUUACGACCAUAACAUUUAACAAUGUAAUAAAUUACAUGAAAGACAAGAAGACAAAACUACGAGACACUUCUAAAGAAUACCUUUCUAAAGAAUAG